CAGUUGAAAACGUGAUAAUGGCAGGCUCGUUGUCGAGGUGAGCCCUAAAGGGACGAAAAUUGUUGAAGAUUCUAUCACUUUGUGAACUUAAGACAAUCAUGAAGAUGACACCUGGCGCAUGUUUAAUAAAUUCAAAUAGCAUUGGAGCAUUCUGGCUCUCUUUACCUAGAAAAUGAGAUUGGGUCAAGCUUUCCUUCUGUGAUGAUGUAAUUACAUGCUAACCUUGAUUAGAGCUGUUAUGUUUUGAAGCCUAUUGACUUGUUGAUCACCAAUGGUAAGCCUUUCUAGAGUGAGAGGGUGUUUCAAAUUCUUUAAAUACUCACUAGUCUAGAACUCUGGUUUGAAUCAAAUGGGUUAGGCACUUCAGUUAUAUUCAGCAAAAAGCUCAAAGUAACUGCCUAAGUUUUGCUUGCUUUAUGUUAUAUGCGGUCGGUGACAGCUCAAAACGCAAUAAUUAUAUGUUUUUCUCUUUCAUGCUUCCUGUAAUAUAUGCUUGGUUCUAGGGAGGCUAAAAUAGUCUCAACUAAUCUCAAGGUUUUAUAUCAUAUGCAUUGUGCAUGUUGAGUCUGGUAAUAUCUAGACCUCUUAUAUGGUAAAUACGCCCAGUGUCGUGUAGGUGAAAAAGGUUAUUAGCAGCAAGCAAAGAUGCUUCAUUUGGUAUUAGUGUUUUGAAAUUUUGGUGUGGCAACGUCAUGUUCUCGCUUCCGAGACCGAACGUAUAGGGAGCUCAUUGAGUGUCAUUAAGUACAUUUUGCAGAAAAGACAAAGUGCAUCUUUAAAUUGCAACUCAAAAUGGUUUUUCUUUGAAGGCAUGAGGCUCAACUUUUUGGCAGGACAGUAACUAUCAAAUCCAUAUCCAAUUAAUGCUAUUAAAAGCCAUAUCAGGCAAGAAGCUGAAACCUGGAAGUUGUGUAAAUGGAUCAUUUGCCUUGGCCUUCUUCUUCAACAUCGUCCUCCUCCUCUCCACCUAAGGCACAUUCACUGUCAAUUGGUGUGGAAGUCUGGAUGAUGGCUGAGCAAAGGAUUCAAGAGAUACUAUCUACGAUUCAACCAACCCCAUUUUCCGAGGAAAAAAGAAAACAGGUUAUUGAGCACGUUCAGAGAAUUAUCAGAGGUCAUUAUGGGACUGAGGUCUUUGCAUUUGGUUCUGUGCCUUUGGGAACCUAUAUUCCUGAUGGAGAUAUUGAUUUGACAAUUCUUUGCUAUAAUGAUGAGGAAGAAUCUUUUGCCAUAGAGAUCUGCAAAUUCCUAGAAAAUAGACGGAGGGAUCCAGACUUCCAAAUAAAGGACAUCCUUUAUAUCAAUGCGCAGGUAAAGAUUGUAAAAUUCUGUAUGGAGAGCAUAGCAGUGGAUAUAACUUUUAACCAGCAUGCUGGGCUGAGUACUCUGUGCUUUCUGGAGCAGGUUGAUGAACUAAUGGGGAAAGAUCAUCUUUUCAAACGAAGUGUUAUCUUGAUCAAAGCCUGGUGUUUCUAUGAGAGCCGAAUUCUUGGUGCUCACCAUGGUUUAAUUUCAGCAUAUGGGUUGGAAACGAUGGUCUUGUACAUCAUCAAUCUCUUCCAUUCAUCUUUGAAUGGUCCUUUAGGGGUACUGUACAGGUUUCUGGACUACUACAGCACAUUCGACUGGGAAACUCACUGUGUGAGUGCAUAUGGUCCGAUUGCAGUAUGUUCACUCCCAAUACUUGAAGAAGAGCUGCCAGAGCACGAUGAUGAUACUCUUCUCCUUGGUAAGGAGUUUUUCAGAAACUGCAAGGCAAUGUUCUCUGGCCCAACUAAUGCAGUCGAGACAAGAGCUCAGGGGUUUCCUGUUAAGCAUUUGAAUAUUCUGGAUCCUUUGAAGGACAGCAACAAUCUGGGCCGUAGUGUAAAUAAAGCCAAUUUCUAUCGGAUCAGUUGUGCACUUGCUUAUGGGGCCCAAAUGCUUGGCGAGAUUCUCAUGCUACCUGAAGAGAGAUUGUUUGAAGGGAUAGAGAGUUUUUUUCAGAACACUCUGGAUAGAAAUGGAAGAGGCAUGAGGCCAGACAUAGAACUUCCAGUCUGUGCAUUUGGGACUGGAAAAAUUGAAGUAGCUGAUCUGGUUCGAGAUUUUCCGAGUUACUAUAACAAUUUAGUUUGUAGUCAGUGGCAUUAUGAGCACUACUUAUUUGCUGAUGAGCUGAAUACUCCACUAUCAUCUCAAGUUCUGACCAACAAUGCAUGGGAUGCACCGCAGCGGUUCCCAAGUCGCAACCGAGCUUCACUCUUUCGAAAAGGCACAGAUGUUUUCUUUCCUAAACCUCUCAACUGCCAUGAAAGUACUUCUGGGCUAUCUGCUGCCUUGUUGGGGACUGAAGAAAAUAUAAACAUAUGUGCGUGGAAUCCUUCUAACUGUGCAACGCGUCCUUCCACCCUCCGUGCUAUGAGCCAUCGGUUAGACAGAAGAACGCAGCAGUUGACUAGGCUGAUGAGUCCCAGAUCUACUGCCCGGGAUGCAGAAGCGAAGACAAGUGAGAUGGAAAACCAUGAUGAGUUUCUGGUGAUGGAUGAUGGGGUUGAAAAUUGUCUGGACUUUAGAGCAAUGCAGAUGGAAAAUCAAGAUGGCCACAAAACUGAGAACUGUCUUGAUCUUUCACUUGAGGCUUUCCCGCUUCUUCCCUGUCGUGAGAAGUCGACGCUGCAUACCUUAAAGUUUGGCACUUACCAGUGCCCUCGACUGGGUCAUUCAGGUGAUUUUGCCGGGGAAUCAUCGGGGAGUGUGCCACAGACUGUUUCAUCACUGGAGAGCCUGACUCUGACUCAACUUUUCCAGUGUGACGAUAAGGACUUUCCGCCACUGUCCCUGUGAUGGAUUGUUCGGCAUAUGGGUGGAUAUGAGACGUUUGCCAAACGAGGAGGAGUUCUAUAUCUUGUGCCUGAACCUCAGUUAUAUUACCUAUCUUAUGCAGGUUUCUGAUUUUAACCCUAGCCAGACUGGGUUCUUUUCUUUAUCUCCAAGGACAUGGAAAAACCAAAUUAGCAAUAAGCCGAGCUACAAAUUGAUUGCAGAUGUGUUGUGGCCCCACCAAGUUAUUGGUGAGUGGAGGAAAAUCGUCUGAGACAUUUUGUACUUGAUGCUGACAGAAGACCCUGAGAACCCGAGACAAAAUUUGUCUCUGGUUGUUGUGACUGGCCUUUAUUGGAACUAAUGAUGUUAUCUCCAUUGUGCCCAGAUUGUUCA